CGUACAGGACGAUAAGUCUGGAGUGAAUGUCGUCUACAAGUCGUUGAUCUUUGGGAUUUGUGAAAACAAUAAUUCCGGUUUCCCUUACUUUGACAGGGAAAUUGAUUUGUCAGUAAAUUUUAUGAAAGAAUGCCAUUAUUGAAAGACGAUGCCUAUUUUAGAUCAGCCAUCAGAAGUCAUAUUUGAGGAAGAUGAUCUUCCCUAUGAAGAGGAGAUCUUGCGGAACCCAUAUGCUGUCAAGUGCUGGCUGCGGUACAUUGAGCACAAAUCAGCAGGAUCUCACAGCGCCCUCAAUCUCAUCUAUGAGAGGGCACUGAAAGAGCUGCCUGGAAGUUACAAACUAUGGUACAACUACUUGAAGAUCAGACGGAAGCAUGUCAAAGGUCGCUGCAUCAUUGACCCUGGGUAUGAGGAUGUCAACAAUGUGUUUGAAAGAGCUCUGGUGUUUAUGCACAAGAUGCCUCGGAUAUGGCUGGACUACUGCCAGUUCCUCCUGGACCAACGCAAGAUCCCGCGAGUCCGGCGGACAUUUGACCGAGCUCUACGGGCAUUGCCCAUCAGCCAACAUCAUCGCAUCUGGCCCCUCUAUCUCAAGUUUGUCAAGCUCUAUCCACUGCAUGAGACAGCUGUCAGAGUGUACCGAAGAUACUUAAAACUCUUUCCAGAGAAUGCAGAGGAAUACAUUGAGUACCUGGUGUCCAUUGACAGAUUGGAUGAGGCUGCCGUCAGAAUGGCUGACCUUGUCAACAAUGCAGCAUUCGUCUCCAAAGUUGGCAAGUCCAACCAUCAGCUCUGGCAUGACCUGUGUAACCUCAUCUGCAAGAACCCUACCAAGGUGACGUCGCUGAAGGUAGACCCCAUCAUCCGCGGUGGCAUCAAGCGCUUCACAGACGAGCGGGGGAAACUCUGGUGCUCAUUGGCCGAUUAUUACAUCAGGAGCGGCCAUUUUGAAAAGGCCAGAGACAUCUAUGAGGAGUCCAUUCAGACUGUCACAACUGUCCGAGAUUUCACUCAGGUGUUUGAUGCUUAUGCUCAGUUUGAGGAGAGCAUGAUCAGUGCUAAGAUGGACACUACCGCAGAAAUGGGACACAAUGAAGAAGAUGAUACUGAUCUGGAGCUGCGACUUGAGCGCUAUGAGGAUCUGAUGGACCGGCGCCCUCUGUUGUUGAACAGUGUCCUUCUCCGUCAGAAUCCACACAACGUCCAUGAGUGGCACAAAAGGGUCAACCUCUUUGAAGGCAAACCAAAAGACAUAAUCAACACAUACACAGAAGCAGUCCAGACUGUAGACCCCAACAAGGCUACAGGAAAACUGCACACCCUGUGGGUGGAGUUUGCCAAAUAUUACGAGAGACAUGGCCAGCUACCUGAGGCACGUCUGAUUUUUGAGAAAGGCACCAAAGUCCUGUAUGUCAAGGUGGAUGACUUGGGAUCUGUGUGGUGUGAAUGGGCUGAAAUGGAGCUCCGGCAUGAAAAUUCUGAUGCAGCACUGAUUCUUCUCAGGCGAGCAACAGCAACACCAAAGAAUAAAGCUGCCUACUAUGAUAAGAGUGAGCCCGUCCAAAACCGGUUGUAUAAGAACCUGAAGGUGUGGUCCAUGUAUGCAGAUCUGGAGGAAAGUUUUGGAACCUUCAAGAGUACAAAAGCAGUGUACGACCGUAUGAUAGAUCUCAGAAUAGCCACCCCCCAGAUCAUUAUCAACUAUGGAAUGUUCCUGGAAGAACACAGUUACUUUGAGGAAGCAUUCAAGGCAUAUGAAAAGGGUAUUUCUCUAUUCAAGUGGCCUAACGUCUAUGAUAUCUGGAACACUUACCUCACAAAGUUCAUCCAGAGAUAUGGUGGUAAGAAGCUGGAGCGAGCCAGAGACCUGUUUGAGCAGUGCCUAGACGGUUGCCCUAAGAAAUUUGCCAAAGCAAUUUUCCUGUUGUAUGCCAAGAUGGAGGAGAAUUAUGGCCUAGCAAGACACGCCAUGGCGGUGUAUGAGAGGGGGACAGAAGGGGUGCUACCAGAGGAGCAGAAUGAGAUGUUCAACAUUUACAUCAAGAGAGCUGCCGAGGUGUAUGGUGUAACCCACACCAGGUCCAUCUAUGAGAAGGCCAUCGAGGUCUUGCCAGAUGACCAGGCUAGGGACAUGUGUCUGCGAUUUGCUGACCUGGAGAGAAAGCUGGGCGAGAUUGACCGCGCUCGGGCCAUUUACGCUCACUGCUCCCAGAUAUGUGAUCCAAGGACCACUGCUACUUUCUGGCAGACAUGGAAAGAAUUUGAGAUCAAGCAUGGGAAUGAAGACACUGUGCGAGAGAUGCUAAGAAUCAAACGCAGUGUGCAGGCAACAUACAAUACACAGGUCAACUUCAUGUCUGCCCAGAUGUUAGCUGCAUCUAAGAAUCCUGCCGGAACAGUGUCUGACCUAGGAUCAGGUGGCUUAGAUGACAUGAAACUGCUAGAGCAGAGAGCCCAGGCCAUGGCUGCGGAAGCUGAAGCUGACAAACCCAAGACCAAGAAGGACAUUCUGUUUGUGCGUGGGAGUGCCAAGGCUAGCGAUGCUGAGCUGGCUGAAGCAGCAAGGAUGGCUAACCCAGAGGAGAUCAACAUCGAUGAUGAGGAUGAAGACAGCGGCGAGGAGGUUGAUGAGGUGCAAGUGGAGACUCAAGCAGUCCCAACCGAGGUUUUUGGCAACAUACAAAAGGAGUGAUGAAUCACCCAAACAGCACUUUCAACCCUUGUCAAUUUGUACGUUAAGAUAAUGACCGUCAUUAAAUAGAUUCUCUUUGGGUUUAAAAGAUCACUGUAUUUAAGAAGCCAUUUCUGGACAUUUUGCAUACAAAAGGAUUAUUUUGGACAAGAGUGUCAUUUUCUGAAAGCAGACACCUCUUGGCUCUAAAAGGGGAUAGAGGAUGGCUCAAGAUUUGAGAGGGAGCUUGGAGGGAAUUGGCAUUUUAAUUUUUUUCAUCAAUUUUUGUGCCAUCUCAAAUUCACAUCUGUAGUUUAACCAGUGUCUUAAAUAGUCUCAAUUGUAGAAAUCACGUAAACAUAAUUAAUGGGGGGGGGAAUGCAUCAGUUUACAGAUUUCCUUAUUGGAGUAAAUGAUCAAAACUAGGGCUUUGAAAAUAUGAUACAGUCCUGUGUAAGAGAAACUUUAUACUUUGGAAAAAUUGUAGUCUCAAGUUCCACAAUUCGUAUUAAAGAGAAUGAAGGGCCUCUCGUUAGCAUGCUGUAAAGAGACAUAUUCAUUUUUUUGUCAGCACACAGAACGUGACAUUUGUGGAUAAACUACAUCGCUGGAAAUGGAAGAGUUGUUGCUGAAUAAACUUGUUUUUUUAAAUGUUCGUGUGUAAA